AUGAAGCUUAUCAUUGGCAUCCUUGCGACAAGUUCGUCAUAUCUGGCAAUAGCAGAUAGCGCCCGAAUCCACAACAUACAAGCGCGGCAAAGCAAUUCGAUUAGCACCAAUAUCCGCGAUGCAGUAACAAAUCCAAAUGCUACGGGAACGUGGCCCAUCAACGGCAUCGAUGUGACCGAGCCAAUGCUGGAUCCACCGACCGACGACUACGGCCCCGGGAACGGUUGGAGCAUCAACAUCGCCGUUGCAACCAACAUUUCCGCGGAUGACAUCAGCACUUCAGUAUCGAAUCCCGCAGUCAUAACUCUCGAAGGACCAGAGAAUGCCUUUCAAGGCCUGAAUUCGUCGACGAACUAUACUGAAAAUUAUGACAUCUGUUCCUUUGCCUGGUUUGAGAACGUCUGGACCGUCAAAGAAUUGGAAAAGCUUCAAGAUGAUGUCAACGGGUCUUGCAAUGGUGUCAUCUCCGAGGACUGCAUCAAGGAGACCAAAGAGGCCCUGGUGGGCCAGCCGUGUAGCACCUUCAGAAGCUUCGAAAAGCCUAAGAGCUGCCCUCAAGCACUUGCAUCCCCUUCGUCGUUUCGACCGGAGACUAAUAGCCUCGACCAGGGAACGUGA